AUGUCUCUCCAAGGCAAAGUCGCCCUCAUCACCGGCGGCGCCAAGAACCUGGGCGCCGAGAUCGCGCGGGAGCUCGCCGGGCUCGGGGCCAACCUGGCUCUGCACUACAACUCGGCCAAGUCCAAGGCCGACGCCGACGCGCUGGGCCAGCAGCUGGCCUCGCAGUAUCCGGGCGCAAAGGUCAAGUUUUACCAGGGCGACCUGACGACCGAGGCGGCCGUGGAGAAGCUGUUCCAGGCGGCCAAGGCGGAUCUGGGCCGGAUCGACAUUGUGGUGAAUACGGUGGGCAAGGUGCUGAAGAAGGCGAUUGGGGAGAUUUCCGAGGCGGAAUACGAUUCCAUGUUUGCCAUCAACUCCAAGGCCGCCUUCUUCAUCCUCAAGGCCGGCAGCAAGCACGUCGCCGACGGGGGCAAGAUUGUCACCAUUGUGACGGCGCUGCUUGCCGCCUUUACCGGCUUGUACACGUCGUACGCCGGGUCCAAGGCGCCCGUCGAGCACUUUACGCGUGGCGCCGCCAAGGAGCUGCAGUCGCGGCUGGUGAGCGUCAACGCCGUCGCGCCCGGUCCCAUGGACACCCCAUUCUUUUACCCUCAAGAGUCGGACGAGGCCGUCGCAUUUCACAAGAGCCAGGCGUUGGGCGGACGGCUGACCGAGGUGCAGGACAUUGCGCCGCUGGUACGCUUCCUGGUGACCGAGGGCGGCUGGAUCACCGGCCAGACGCUGUUUGCCAACGGGGGCUACACGACUCGGUAG